AUGGCUUCAAAAGGUGCAUUAAUUAAAUUAGUUGUUGAAGCUGGUAAAGCAGCACCUGCUCCUCCUGUUGGUCCAGCUUUGGGUUCAAAAGGUGUUAAAGCUAUUGAUUUUUGUAAAGAAUUUAAUGCUAGAACUGCUCAUUAUAUUCAGGGUACUCCAAUACCUGUAAUUAUAAAAGUUAAACCAGAUAGAACUUUCACAUUUGAUAUGAAAACUCCUUCUACUUCAUGGUUAAUUAUGAAAGCUGCAGGAAUAGAGAAAGGUGGUAAUGGAACUAUAACUUUGAAACAUGUUUGGGAAAUUGCAAAUAUAAAAUCAAAAGAUAAUCGAUUCAAAAAUGUUGAUAAACAAAGUAUAGUGGGGAGUAUAAUAAGUACUGCGAAUGUUUGUGGAGUUAAUGUUGUCAUGUAA